AUGCGACUUGUUGCGGAUCUGAAAUUGGAUACGACCCGCGUCAUACCAUCACACUAUGUGUUUGCUACCAUCACGGCUUUGGACUCCACUGUUCUUCAUUUCGCCUCUUUGUUUUUUCUGUUGCUGUUAUUGUCUUUUUGCAGCUUAGCGAUAGCGAUGUCAUUUACGGCUAACUCUGGCAACUCGCCAAUGUCGCAGAUGAGUCCCCUCUCGCAGCCGUACACUUCACCUCAGAUGCUCCCCCAGUCGUCGCUCCGUCCUACCGCACCACCAUUUACACUCUCCGGCACGGAGGACCAACCCACUGCUGGCGCUCCCAUUCGGAAGGGAGGCACAGACCCUACGAGGUACAAAACAACGAUAUGCCGCAAUUGGGAAAUGGGUUCGUGUUCGUUUAAAGGUUGUACAUUUGCUCACGGUGAGGAGGAGCUGCGAAUGCCACCUCGGGUGGAACGCUACAAGAGCUCAGGUUUUGAUACGCGGCGUUCCUUGACCGCAGAAACUCCGCCGCUGUAUCCAUUGAAUCCCUUGCCACACAGCGGCGUGGGCCGGAUCGAGCAUUUACUCAACAUGUUGUACUCAGAGGUACUUCGGGAGCGAAACCGCUUUGUUGCACACGAGGAAGCGAAUCAGGCGCUCGAGGCCCUGCUCAAGAAGGAGCAAAUGCAGCGUGAAGAAACCGAAGUUCAGUUGGAAGCUGCAAGAUGGAAGCUGGAGCAACUGAGGACUACGGUGCACGAAGCUAGUGUCGAAAUCAACACCCUUCUUGCCUCCUCCCCUGCCAAUGAGGAAUUGCGCGACCGAGUUGCUAUGGUGACGCAGAAGAUUGCCAGCGUUUUCUCUUCUGAAGACACUGCUGUAGGUGGAGGUCGUGAGGAUGAAGAAAGAGUUAUGAAACUGCUUAGUUCAUUGCAAAACUGUCAGAGCACGGAAGACAUGUGA